UUUUGUUUCAUUCACCGGAACUUUUUGAGAUGGCAGAAACGGGAUAUCACGAUAACCUUACAGAGGAGCAGAAGACGGGUUUAGAGUCCUUUUGCACGGCGGUGGCAGAGGAAGUGGGCAAGUUGGGGUUCGAAGAACAAGAUUUAAAGUUAUGGGGUGUACCAGUGUACGGCCUCACGACUGCAGACAAGUUGGAUCUAGCACAGAGCAGGAUAUUGCUAAAGUUUUUGCGCGCAAGAGAGUUCAAAGUGGUUGAAGCGACAGAUAUGUUGGUCAAGACGCUCAAGUGGCGAAAAGAGUUUAACAUGUCCUCACUCUUGACGGAAGAAUUCCCACAAGCUCUCACUGACCUCGGAACUAUUCACGGCCGCGACAAAAAGGGCGCACCCGUUACAUACAACUUUUACGGUACCAUCUCCCAAGACGACGUUGCAAACCACCCAGAACGUUUCCUUCGUUGGAGAAUUCAACUCCACGAACGGGCGAUUGCGCUGCUCGAUUUCUCCUCACCCACCUCUGCCGAGACUGUGACCCAAAUUCAUGAUUAUACCGGUGUGGGCAUGUCCAUUGACAAGCGACUCAAAGCAACCAGCAAGCAAAUCAUCAACAUCUUUCAAGAGCACUACCCAGAAUUUUUAGAAAAAAAGUUCUUUUUGGGCGUUCCUCUUGUCAUGGAAUUCAUGUUUAACGUCUUUGGGGGUCUCGUAUCCAAACGGACACGAAGCAAGUUUGUCAUGGUUGGAAAAACCAAAUCCCGGGCUGCCCUGUUGGAAUGCAUCGAUAUUGACCAAAUCCUAGAACAAUAUGGGGGAUUCGCGCCCGUUAAAGAUACUUUGGAAGUUACACCCAUUACAACUGUGGCCAUUCCUGCCCGCAAAAGCGAAACGAUCCGGAUCUCAGUCACGCCCUCCGCGACCCUUCAGUACGAAUUCACCACCUAUGCACAAGAUAUUGGCUUCUCAUAUGGGUUUGAGAACCCGGGUGAAGAAAAGGAUACUGCUGGGCCGGAAGAGCGUUUGGAGACUGGAAAGGGAACCAUUGAAGCUACUGGAGAGGUCUUUGUGUUGAGGUUUAAUAAUGAAUAUUCAUACGUUACCGCCAAACAGGUUGUGUAUCGGGUAAGGGCGCAAAAGAUUUGAAUUGGGUAUUAUCGUAAAUGGGUUGUUAGUAAAUGAUGGCAUGCGUAAAAAGAACCGGACAGGAUAUUAGUAUUUCCUACUCAUUAGUUAGACAUAUCGUAUAUUCUUCAAUAUCAUCUAAUAAGAAGUUUCCUAAAAAAGCUCUACAUAAGUCA